GAAAACAUACACUUGUUGGUGGAACACACUGGAGUCAAGGCAAUCAUUAGUGCUCUUGUAAACAAUGUGAUACUCUUGUGAGCAAUGCUGGGAUAUAUUGCACUUAAACAUGGUGGUAACAUUUCAUUUGUGUAAUUGUAAAAUUUUAAAAUCGCUUGGGGCACUCGUAACAUGAUUAGAGGUCGUCUAUAACAUGUUUUAUACCAUGUUAUAACUUUCCUCCAUGUCAUGUAUGUAGGUAUAGUUUCGUUUUCUAAUCUUUGUAAUUUAGUUUCUCUAUUCUGUUAUUGUAUGCACAUCGCGCAAUAAAUGAGCCCCCCACAAACUGAGUAGGUGGGUUAACGUCGGAAGUUUUUUGUUCAGGCGUAUGACAGGGCAGCUAACAGUGAGGCCCUGGUCGCGGGAUUGUUGUCAUGAGCCACUUCCGGGUUUUGAGCCGGGCGGAGGUGAGAGUAUCACGGCGGGUGCGUGACGUGAAUGUGUGCAUGUGUGAGUGCGUGCGCGCGCGCGCGUCUAAUGGAUUCCACUCAUUAAAUCAACUCAGCGAACAUGAGUAGGAAGACGGAAGGGGAGCAGAAGGGUGAACUUCUAGAAGAGGAAUGGAGGACGACAAAACUCUCCGAGAAAAACAUUGGAUAAGUGAGACAUGAAGUGACACGAGAGUGAGCCACUGUAAAAACUAAUGAGUUGGAGAGGAAUCCGACCAAGGAUUAAGUCAACACUAAUCUCUUUCUACACACACACAAACUUUGUGUGCCUUGUUUAAAGACCUUUGGUUUGUGGGUUAUUGACAUUGUAGUAUUUGUAGGGUAGCCAUAUUUGAAGUCUUUUUGAGUCCCAACUUCAUUGUGAUAUUAAUGAUGUUCACGUUUACAUUUGGUGAGUAGUUUAUGUGAGGCGAAUGUGUUGACGCUGUACCAGGAUAUGUCUUGGUGAGCAGGUGCUGUAUUAUACUUUUAAGUAGUUACUGAAGUACAGUAAUCAAACAUUUUAGUUGCAUGUUUUGUGACACUGGAGACGUUGAGAACUUCUCAACUAUUCUUUCAUUAUGUUGGUUCAGUGUGCUUGAACAAGACAUUGCACAAGCUUCCAUAGCUUCUCCUGUCAAAAUGAGGCACCAAAAUCUUUAAGCACGGGACUUCCAGAAAUUGUCCGUCUGGAUAUCAACACCGAUCGGGUGUUCGUUGCAGUGAUGAACGUCCACGAUUGUGCUCGCAAGGAAAAUGCAGGUGAUGGAGAGGAAGUAUUCCUUGGUAAAGACGAUCAAGAUGGGGGAUUUAGUUCCAGCUCAUCAACUUCUUCACUGCGCUCCUGCUCCCCAAUCACCCCUUCCACACUCAGCCUCCCCCCAAACUGUAUGGAAGAAGAGAAGGAGAUGCUUUUCGGCUGCUCCAAAUCAUUCACUGGACUGAAACUCUUCACAAGAAGGAAAGCAAUAGCAAAAUCUGGCCUGCACCAUCUUCCCUGUCAGCCCAGUACAUCAUCUUUAAACCGACCAGAACCAGAAGCGAGCAUCUGCAGUACUGUUGACUGGACUGAGUCUGCUCAGUAUGGAGAGCAUAUCUGGUUUGAGACUAAUGUGUCUGGAGACUACUGUUAUGUGGGAGAACAGCACUGUAUUGCCAAAGCACUGCAAAAGUCAGUCACCCGGAGAAAGUGUGCUGCCUGCAAGAUAGUUGUCCACACAAUUUGUAUUGAACAACUGGAGAAGAUUAAUUUCAGAUGCAAGCCAUCUUUCAGGGACUCUAGUUUCAAAAACAUUCGAGAGCUGAACGUUGUACGUCAUCACUGGGUGCAUCGAAGAAGACAAGAGGGAAAAUGUAAACAAUGUGGCAAGGGCUUCCAGCAGAAGUUUGCUUUCCACAGUAAAGAGAUUGUUGCCAUUAGCUGCUCCUGGUGUAAACAGGCGUUCCACAACAAGGUGUCCUGUUUCAUGUUGCACCAAAUUGAGGAGGUCUGUCCAAUAGGAGCUCACGCUGCCCUCGUAGUUCCACCUUCAUGGAUUGUUCGAGUCCGACGUUGCCAGGCAUCCAUGAAGUCAAGUAAGAAGAAAAAAAGGACAUCCUUCAAGAGGAAAAGUAGUAAAAAAGGAGCUGAGGAUGUACGACAAUGGAAGCCAUUCAUCAUCCGGCCCAUCCCUUCCCCAUUGAUGAAACCACUGGUGGUGUUUGUCAACCCCAAAAGUGGUGGAAACCAGGGCACUAAAAUCCUUCAGUCUUUCAUGUGGUAUCUAAAUCCAAGGCAGGUUUUUGAUCUGGGCCAGGGAGGACCCAAAGAGGGCUUGGAGCUGUAUCGUAAAGUUCAUAACCUGAGGAUUUUGGCCUGUGGAGGGGAUGGAACUGUGGGGUGGAUCAUCUCCUGCCUUGAUGAACUUGCGUUGAAUCCUCAACCUCCUGUUGCAGUGUUACCACUUGGGACAGGAAAUGACCUUGCUAGGACUCUCAACUGGGGAGGGGGCUAUACAGAUGAACCUCUGUCCAAAAUCCUGUCUCAUGUUGAGGAUGGAACUGUGGUCCAGCUUGACAGGUGGAAUCUACAGGUUGAAGCCAAUCACAGUGCUGGGGCUGAGGUGGAUGAGCAGCAAACCGAUAAGGUUCCCCUGGAUGUGUUCAAUAAUUACUUCAGCCUUGGAUUUGACGCACAUGUGACCUUAGAGUUCCACGAGUCAAGAGAAGCCAACCCAGAGAAGUUUACCAGUCGUUUCAGGAAUAAGAUGUUCUAUGCUGGGACAGCAUUCUCAGAUUUCCUGAUGGGAAGCUCCAAAGACCUGUCGAAACACAUCCGAGUCGUGUGUGAUGGGACAGAUUUAACAUCAAAGGUUCAGGAUUUGAAGCUGCAGUGUUUGGUCUUUCUCAACAUUCCCAGGUACUGUGCAGGUACCACACCUUGGGGAAACCCAAGUGAACAUCAUGACUUUGAACCUCAGCGCCAUGACGAUGGAUACAUCGAGGUCAUUGGGUUCACCAUGACAUCACUGGCCACUCUUCAGGUUGGAGGUCAUGGGGAGAGGUUGAAUCAGUGUCGUGAAGUAACCCUCACAACCACAAAGCCUCUUCCUGUACAGGUGGAUGGGGAACCAUGUAGACUUGCCCCCUCCGUCAUCAACAUCAGCCUCAGAAACCAGGUCAACAUGGUCCAGAAAACCAAACGGCGGACAUCGUUGCCACACCUCAAUGACCAACAGCCGGUUCCAGAGAGACUGAGGCUUCGUGUCAACAGAAUCAGCAUGAGUGACUAUAACGCUCUACACUAUGACAAGGACAAAUUGCGACAAGCGUCUAUUCCACUGGGACUUAUAGUGGUUCAUGGAGACAGCGAUUUAGAGACGUGCAGAGAACAGAUCCAGCUUUUACAAGAGGACUUUUCCUCUGUCAACUCCUCUUUGAGAUGUGUGGGGCUUCAGGAGGAAGCUGACAAUACGAAGAAUCUUUCCUCACAGCGAUUGUCCCCAAAGUGGUGUUUCCUUGAUUCCACAACCGCUGAUCGUUUUUACAGGAUAGACAGAGCACAGGAACAUCUCAACUAUGUGUCAGAAAUCUCCCACGAGGAACUCUUUAUUCUGGACCCGGAACUGAUUGUAACAAUGACAGUCGGCACUUCUCCAACUGCUAUGCCUGACCUGGUUCAUCCUUCAUCCAGCGUGGCCAACAACGGGGAAAGCAGUUUAAAUCAGAACCCCGAUGAUGUGUUUGUCUUCCCUGUGGCUUCCUGUCUUUCUCCACUAUCGUCAUCAUCUUACAAGAUGAACAAUGACAGCUCUGCCUCAGCACUGAGUUCAUUACCUGAAGCUGGAAAACUACGAAGGAAAGGUUGCAUCCAGCGCUCUAUAACCACAAAUGAUGAGUUUAAGACAAUAGGGAGACGUGAAACGGGUCAAAAGUCAAGUGAUGCAGAAGGAGAAGUGGAAAAAGAGCUGCUGAUUCAGUGUGUAAAGAACAUCAAUAUGAAGAAGAUGCAGGAACUGCAUCAGACAGGGUGUGACCUCACAUGUGUUGACCAAUCAGGCUGCAGCUUGCUGCACCAUGCCGUCAGUACGGGAAGCAAGGACAUGGUCCGCUUCAUCCUUGACAAUGCUCCAAAUAACCUCAUUGAUGUGACAGAACACAUACAUGGUGAAACAGUUCUUCAUCGGGCCGCGUCACUGUGUCACAGGACCAUCUGCCAUUACCUGGUUGAGGCAGGAGCAUCGCUGAUGAAAACAGACAUGCAGGGUGACACCCCAAAGAACCGGGCCGAGAAAGCUCACGAUGCUGAGCUGGCAGAUUACCUGGAGAACCGGCAGCACUACCAGAUGAUCCAGAGGGAGGACCAAGAAACAGCUGUCUAAGCAUCCUCAGAACCAAAGUGCAAGAGUGAGUGGAACAGUGCCAAAAGUCACGAUGAUGAGGACAAGUAAUAAACAUAUUUACCAAGAAACAACUCAGGACAUUAUUUUUCCUGUAGUCUCAGUAAAUCAUAAGCAGUGUGUGGAUGUGUUGUGACAAUGGCUGGAGGAUGAGUCAGGUGUCACAAAAACAUUUUAAAUAACUACAAAUGUCUGAGACUUAUUUUUUGACUUUUACAUUUUGAAGUUUUUUUUUUAUGUUUGAACCCAAAGUUUCCCUCCACAUGACUGACAAAGCAAGAUUAGAUAUAAAACUAGAAGCCUUGAGCAAGUGUGUUGCUAUUCUAGUUGUAUUUUCUUUCUUGCCUUUUAUACUAAUGUAUUCAUAGUAAAUUAUUUCAUCUGUUGCUUGCGCAGCUUGCGUAGCCAAAUAUUCACAUACCGAAAAGAAAGAUUUGGAAAACAUUUGUAAGAAAUUUAGCAUCUUUAACUUGCAAGAUCAUUUUGUUUAUUUAUACUUGCCAAUAUAUCUUUCAAAUAAGUUGAUACACUGGUUGUGAAAUGUUUGUUGUUGUUGUUUUGCUGUAUCUAAUGUUUUUAAAAUUACAUGUCAUGAGGUAAUAAAACAUUUUCCAGUUG